AUCCGCUGGCCAGUUCCUUGCCACGUGUCAGAGCAUCAUCGCCAGGUGGCGCAGUGGAAGGCUAUGGCGGAAGAAUGGAGCCUGUGAUCUACCACAAUGGAGAUGGUACGUGAUCUCACGGCUUCGCUCCUCCCUCCCUGGGCGUCCAAGCCCUCUCUUCCAGCAGCGGCGGAGCUCAGGCUGCCGCCAUUGUCGAUCCACAGGCGGAUCGCUCAAGUGUCGCAGCACGCCGCAUUGGCGCUGAUCGGCUCGGGAAUUUCGACCGGGAUCGCGUCCGCGCUGCCGGAAUACGAUGAAAUUAUCCAGCGCGCGGCUGGAGCGGCGACUCCAAUCGACGCGGCAUCGGCAAUCAGCCCCGCGGAUGGCAUCGAUUUCAGCGUCGCGGAGUCCGUGCUAGGUUUUGUAUCGGAUAAUCCCGCGGCCGUGGCUGGAGGUCUUCUGGCAAUCGCACUGCCGGUUCUCAUUUCGAGAUUGGCCGGAGGGAAGCAGCCAUGGGGUGUCGUGUCCGCCAAAGAAGCGUAUGAGAAGCUCGCAGUGAAGGAUCCAGCGUUCCAGAUUUUGGAUAUCCGAGAGCCCAGCGACAUCAAGGCCGAGGGGACGCCGGAUUUGAGGCAAUUCAAGAAGAGAGUGCUCCAGGUUUCGUUCUCUCAGGAGCAGGAUGCUUUCGUCGCGAAAGUGAAGAGCAAAUUCAAGGAUCCGGCAAGCACAACCUUGUACAUUCUCGAUCGCUUUGAUGGGAACUCGUUAGCAGUCGCCAAGUUGCUAGCUACCAAUGGCUUUAAGGAGGCUUAUGGUAUCAAAGAUGGUGCCGAAGGUGGCCGAGGCUGGCAACAAAGCGAAUUGCCAUGGUUGCUACCACGGAAGGGACUCUCGCUCAACCUGGAUGCUCUGAAAGAAGCCAUUCAGUUUGAAAGUGAUCUUGUCCCAGCGACAUUGGGAGUGGCUGCUGCUGCCGGGGUCGGCCUCGUUGUUUUCUCCGAGGCAGAAACAGCUCUCCAGCUCGUCGGGACUGUCGCGCUCCUCCAGCUCUUUGCCAAAAAGUUCUUGUUCGCCGAGGACCGGAAGAAAACGCUGCAACAGAUCAAGACGUUUCUCGACACCAAGGUCGCUCCGAAAGAGCUCGUUGAAGAGAUCCAGGGCGUUGGCAAGGCCUUGCUUCCCAAGUUUGAGGAAGUAUCGGCUGGGAAUGGUGCCGUAGUUUCAAGCGAUCCUGCUUCUGUUAAUGAAGAGAAGGUGGUCGAAGCUUCACCUCCAGCUCCAGCUCCAAUCGUCGCUGCAAAAGAAGAAGAAACUCCAGCACCGAGCUCACAAUCUUCGGAAGAGAAGAAGCCAUCAAGACCGUCGUCGCCUUACAUCCUGUAUCCAGAUCUAAAGCCACCAAGCUCGCCAACGCCAUCGAGGCCAGAAAAAUAGCAAAAGAAUCUCCAGUUUUGUUUGGACUCGAAUAAAAACGCGAGGUGUCUCGUUGGAUA